ACACAAGGCAAGUACAGCCGUCUCCACCAUGGUCCUAUGACCAGUCCUACCAGUACCUGGGCUCCAUUGCCACCCCCUCCGUGCACCCCGCCACGCCAAUAUCUCCUGGCAGGGCUAGCGGCAUGACAUCCCUCACCGCAGAGCUUUCCAGCCGGCUGUCAAGUGCUUCCGAGCUGACAGCGUUCAGUGACCCCCGGGUGGGAAUCGACCGCUCCUUCUCUGCGCUCCCCUCCAUCUCUGACCCUCGGAUGCACUACCCGGGAGCGUUCACCUACACGCCGACGCCUGUCAGUUCAGGAAUAGGAAUUGGUAUGUCUGCCAUGUCCACAGCCACGAGAUACCACACUUACCUCCCACCUCCCUACCCCGGCUCGUCGCAGGCCCAGGGCAGCCCGUUCCAGACCAGCUCACCCUCCUACCACCUCUAUUACGGAACCUCUGCUGGCUCCUAUCAGUUCUCCAUGAUCUCGGGGGGAGACCGGUCUCCCCCACGCAUCCACCCGCCCUGCACCAACGCCUCCACGGGAUCGACGCUUCUCAACCCCAACCUCCCCAACCAAAGCGAUGUGGUUGAGGCGGAAGGGAGCCACAGCAACUCCCCAACUAACAUGGCAACCACAGCGAGGCUAGAGGAAGCAGUGUGGCGACCAUACUGAGCGAAUUUUAAGUAGUUAUGGGUCAGGACUAAUGUGCUUUCCAUUUCCCGGUGCCCGUAGGUAUCCCAUAAACACCCGUCUUGCUUAUGGGCCCUGCCAUGUUCAUACAUCACUUUCAGAAGCAAACCCUCCAGAAGUCAGCGCUCCCAGGAGCGGUGGCCUGUAUUAGCCAGCCCCUGUCGAAGCGAUGUCGCUCCAGCAAAGCAUCCCUCAUGGGGGGCUGAGCUUCUGGAAAGGAGGAUGCCCGGGUUGGUGGUCCAGAGGUAGUGAGGGUGGGUAGAAAGGUACCCAGUCUGUUUCCAGGCCUGUGGCUUUCCAGCGUGCCUGGGCUUGAAGGUCUCCACAACCCUAAAGAGAGUUUCGGUUCACUUCUAUUUUUAAGAUUUAAAACCUAAAAAAAAUCUUAGUGAGUUUACUGCAUCUUAUGGACAUAUUAACUGUAAGGAAGUAUAGGAAGAUUCCCAGAGGGAAACUGUGAA